CCAACAACCAGCACAGUCUAGUCAGAGCACGGCUGCACCGUGUUGUUGUGACUGCUAUGGCUGUAGUGAAUGAAUGAACCUUGGGACCAGAGUUACCACUCAAAGGGUAAGCAGCACCAUGGGUCGACACUCCUCGGACAGUGAGGAUGAUAGCAGAAGCAAAAAGAAGAAGAAGAAGCAGCAGCGUCGUUGUUCGUCCUCAUCCUCUUCAUCCUCGUCGUCGUCUGGAAGCAGAAUGACCAGCAGCCGCAGUAAACGAUCCACCCGCCGUAGUCGUUCUCGAUCAAGAGAUAAGGAGAGGGACAGAAGGCGCAGAAGACGCUCCAGCAGCAGCUCGUCCCACGGGUCAUCCCGCAGGAAGAGGAGCCGCAGCGCCGACCGGGACAGAGGGAGGAGCCACCGCUCGCACCGGUCCCGCAGCCGCGACAGAAGGUCGCCGUCUCGCCACCAGCGCUCCCGCAGCAAGAGCCGCAAGCGGAGCCGCAGCCGGGAGCGGGACCACGCACGCCGGAAGGGCCGGGACCGAGACAAGGAUAAGGAGAAGGAGAGGGACCGGGACAAGGGGAGAGGGCGGCAUAAAGACAAGGACAGAGACAACGAGAAGAGCAAGGACAAGGCUAAGGAGAAAGGGGACAACGCCAUCAUCAAAGCCGGUUUAGAGCAUCUGACGCCAGCAGAACAGGCCAAGGUUCGGAUGCAUAUGGUUCUACAAGCGGCAGCUAAAACAGACGAGGUACUGAAGGCCAAGGUGGCCAAGAGAGAAGAGGAAGCCCGCAAGAAAAAGGAAGAUGAGGGGACGUCUCUGGAGGAGCAAGUGAGAAGGAUAAAGGACAUUGAGGCCAUCGAGAGUGAUUCCUUUGUUCCUCAGGCUUUCAAAUCAUCCAGGGACGACAUAAAGGUGGAGCCAGCCGAGGUGAAGCAGGAGGACCCCUCUGAAGCCCCUGUGGAGGUGGCUGUCCUCCCCACGUCGAUACGCUACAACGACACGGACAACCUGGCGCACCCAAGCUUAUUCAUGGACAAGGAGAAGGCAGAGGAGCUGUGGCUGAAGAGAUUGGUCUCCCUGCGACAGGAGAGGCUCAUGGGAAGCCCGGUUACAUGAAGCCAACCAGGCACAGUGGAUGGAUGUGGGGUGGUUCUGUUAGUAUCCUAGGCUCAUGUCUGUCAUCGUUUUUACUCCUGUAAAUAGUGUGGACAACCUGCUCCGUUUACUUUUUUUUUGUUUAUUCUUUCUUAUGCAUUGACUUUUUUUCAUCAGCUAAAGCAGAAUUACUGCCAGUAGAAUACUUGUGGAGUAGUUUGACGUGUUUUUAUUUCAUUCUCCUUUGAUAAUUUGGUUUUGAAAGAAAAAAAUAUUCACACUUUUUUCACACAAUUUUGUGUGUUUUUGACACUGUCUUAUUUUGUAUUAAUAUCACCAAUAAAGAUAUGAGAAUUAG